CUUCCACUCCUCCUCCGGCUGGAAAUUCAUCCUUCAGGCUCGGCAGCGGACAUUUGCGUGGAGGACCUCGGGAGAACGGGACGCGUUCUGUCGUGGAAGUCCGAUUGCAACCCGCAUCUGCGGGGACGACUAAAAGAGAAGACUGACUUCCUUUUGAAAGUCCCAAAUCGUUUUCCUCAAAAAGCAGCUCGGCGAUUUUUCCCGAUCCGCUGUUGGAUUGUUGGUUUUUAUUUUUUCCUUUCACGGCUGCUCCGCAAACAUCUGCCUGUGCGUUGAGAAGUCCUCCCCACGCGAGAUCACCCAACUUUGGAGUGGCGGAGACUGCCCGACGCCUGGGGGGAGACGGGAGAUCUGACACCGACCAACACAGCCUAUAUUUGUCCGCUCCCGCACAAAGGGGAAGCAGGAAAGGAGCGCUCCCGAGGCGCCAGCAGACUUCCACCGCCAGGAGAGGAAGGAGCAGUGGGAAAGAGGAUUUUUGGCCCCGCGACAGGACGGGAUCUGGACCGAUCGCCGAGGCGCUCAGCAUGAUGGGACUUCUAAAGCUCUAAAGGGACGAGAAGAAAGCCGAAAGGACAGGACAAAAGAAUAGGGGCGCGGCGCUGCACACAGAGGCGCCGGGCGAGGAGAGCGUGGGACACUUAAAAGAAGGGAUUUGCUCUAUCUGUCGGGGGUGCAUGCCCCCGCUCGGGAACCCCUCCCUUCCACUUGGACAUCCUCUUUUUUUCCCAUCAGUGACAGGCGGACAAAAGGCCAAGAAUGUGCAAUAAGGAGCGGCAGAGGUUAAGCUGCGGCCUCCACCUGACACCAUCCCGGACUAGAGCCUUGGUGCUGGGUUUGGUUCUCGCUGCAGCGGGUUGGCUCCCCCCGCUGGCCUGCGCUCAGGUUGAGAUCGACGUGCUGGGUGGGAAUGGGCUGGAGGCCUCCAUGAGCUCCUCGCUGCUCAGCGGCUUUCAGGAAGAGACGGAAAGUCUCCAGUCAUUGAAGGCGCCGACGGCCUUCCCAGACUCCUCUGCAAUGGUGGGACGGAUUUUCCAGCUCAAGAUGCCAAACAAGGUGGAGGAUUCUUACAUGGGGGAGAUAGUGCAGAUAACGGAAAUGGGAAAAAACUCCCUCCCUGCCUGGCUGCACUGGGAUUCCAAAAGCACAAUUCUGCAGGGUCUGCCUUUGGAGAAGGAUAAAGGAAUCCACUACAUAUCUGUGUCCAUCUCCAACCAAACAAAAGCCACCUCCUCUGAGGUGUUUUCCAUUGAGGUCCACCCAGAAGACCACUUGGAUGCCGAUUCUGCCCAGAUGGUGUCGAACCAGGUUUCCGCUGAAGAUGACCUUCAGCCGUUCAUGUGUGAGGCUGAGGAGCCGGUCACUGUACUCACGGUAAUUCUGGAUGCCGAUUUGACCAAGAUGAGCUCGGAACAAAGGGUGGAACUUUUGGAUAACAUGAGGAGCUUCUCUGGUGUGGGUCUACAUCACAUGAAGAUGCUUCCUGUAGUCAACAACAGACUGUUUGACAUGUCUGCAUUCAUGGCUGGACCAGGCAAUGCCAGAAAGGUGGUGGAGAAUGGUGCUUUGUUGUCUUGGAAACUUGGGUGUUCUUUAGACCAGAACACAGUUCCAAAUUUAGACAGUGUUCAAGGCCCUGCAAAGGAAGGUACAAUGUCAACCAAGCUGGGAUACCCUGUGGUGGGGUGGCAUAUUGCCAACAAGAAACCAGGUGUUCCAAAGAGGGUCAGGCGGCAGUUAAACAACACGCCAACUCCCAUUCUGGCAGUGGUUCCUCCAGCAACUGCUGUGGAACCACCAGUAAGGAUUAUUCCAACGCUUUCUUCCCCCUCCAUUGCUGCUCCAACUGAAAGUUUUGCUCCCCCUAUAAGAGGCCCUGUCCCCCUUCCAGGAAAACCCACGCCCAGAGUUCAUGAGCCAACUGUCCAUACCCCAACAAUGGAUCCACCUCUGCCAACAAAGGUAAUGGAGACCACCAGCACCAUCCAGCCAACAGGGACCAGGCCAAUUUACGUUGAAGCUACCGCAACUCCCCCCCCUACCAAAAAGCCCCCUAAGAAGCCGAAGAAGCCAAAAUCAACUCCAGUGCCCAAAGUACCUUCCAAGUCCUCUACUACCAAGCCCCCCAGGCGCACUACACCAUCACCUAGUAUUAUUCCAGAUCCAUAUAAUGAGGUACCAGUCUUGCGUAAUCCUAUUGAUCGUGUUCAUGCAUUAGUUGGCACCUAUUUUGAAGUUAAGAUCCCAUCUGAUACGUUCUUUGACAAAGAGGAUGGAACUACAGACAAGUUGCGUCUUGCCCUCAAACAAAACCAUGACAAAAUUGUUGAAGACGGAUCCUGGCUCCAGUUCAACACAACAAGCCAACUUCUCUAUGGCCUGCCCGAUCUUGACCAAGUGGGGGAGCACGUCUACUAUUUGCAUGCAACAGACAAAGGCGGCCUCAGCGCAGUCGAUGCUUUUGAGGUAUAUGUGUCCAACUGGCCUCAAAACAAAAUCCCAGUCAUUUUCAAGGUCCGCUUCGAAGGAGAACCUCGUUCUUUGAAAAAUGACAUCCACAAAAAGAUCCUACUUGUUAAGAAGCUGGCUUACGCACUGGGGGAUCGCAAUAGCAGUACAGUGAGUAUAACCAAAAUUGAAAAAGGAUCCAUUUUGGUGGAAUGGACGAACACUAGCCUUCAGCAGAAACCUUGUCCAAAGGAACAGCUUACAAUUAUGAGCAGGGCCCUAGCCGAUGCCAGUGGAAAUCCCUCUCAAGCUUUUAGAUUCACCAUGGAACCUGAAUUCAGAACGCUAAAUGUCACUGUGAAGGGAACAGGGAGCUGUGUCAAGUACUCCUUUAUUCCACCAGAGGAGUAUGACCUAACGCCAUCGAUAACACGAGCUCCAGAUCUAGGGUCAAGUCGAGGAAGUACAGAUGAUGUUUACCUUCAUACAGUUAUUCCUGCUGUGGUGGUGGCAGCAAUCCUGCUGAUUGCUGGAGUUAUUGCCAUGAUCUGCUACAGGAAGAAACGCAAGGGCAAACUCACAAUCGAGGACCAGGCCACUUUCAUCAAAAAAGGUGUUCCAAUCAUCUUUGCAGACGAGCUUGAUGACUCUAAGCCUCCUCCGUCGUCCAGUAUGCCCUUGAUACUCCAAGAGGAGAAGCCCCCACUCCCUCCCCCUGAAUACCCCAACAUGGCUACACCAGAGACAACUCCUCUCAAUCAGGAGAUGCUUGGGGAGUACACAGCUCUGAGGGAUGAGGACCCGAAUGCGCCCCCGUAUCAGCCACCACCUCCCUUCGCCACUCCCAUGGAGGGCAAAGGCUCCCGUCCCAAGAACAUGACUCCCUACAGAUCUCCACCUCCCUAUGUGCCACCCUAAGACUUGUUUUACCCUCCUCUUACACGGUGGAGGGGAGAGGAUGCCUGAAAAACUGACAGUUUUUAUUCUGGUGUUUGUUGAUCUGGACAUUGACAUGGGAAAGGUCACAAGAGGUGCUAAAGUACAAAACAGAUACAGGGGACUUUGGUUUUUUGGGGGGGAGAAGUGGUUUUUGGUGGGCUCUACAGUUAAUGACCCGCUGAAAUAGCUGGGAGGAACUACUGCUUUAAUGGUAGCCCAAGAAACAAUUUCUUACACUCAGCUUGUGGUAAAACCAGUGGGUCAAAAGCAACAAACCGGGAGAGAUCAUCUCCCUCCCAGCAUUUUCUUUUUUCGCAGAUUUGGAUACUGGAUAUUACUUAUAAAUAUAUAUUUUUUUCUUCUUCUUUAUCCCAAGACUCAUUUCUUUUUCUCUGGACCGAAGCGUUUGCCUAAAAGUUCUUCUUUUGUCUUGCUUUUAAAUACUUUAGGAAGAAAGGCAACGACUCGUGUUUUUAUUAUAGAGUAAGAUUCUCAGAGAAAAGCUAUCAAUGAUCUCUGAAGAUCCCUGCAGGCAAUGCAAGAGCAACGGAAACUGAAGAGUGUGUGUGUGUGAGCGUGUGUGUGUGGAUGAGCGGGUGUUUCUUCAGAUUCAAUACGGUUUGCCUUUUAACACUAGUUGUUUGUUUCUACUCUUAUUCACAAUGUCUAGUAAAUGAGAAUAACACGGUAGGUUACAAAAGAUUUAUUAGAGAUGAGUAAUAAAUAAUUUUUUUGAUUUGUUUUUAAAAAAUCACUGUUUAUCUGGAAGGCAUUCAAAAAGAUGUUAGUUUUCGGUGGUGGGAGAAGACAGAAAUAAAGGGAAUGCCUCCCCUAAAUAACUUGCAAAUGAUUUUUUUUUUGUUCAUCUUGUUUUGUUUUUUGUGUGUAACACCAAUGUGUUGGCUUCAGGAAUGAUGUGCGCUGGAAACCAGGAGGGGUGUGGUUUAAGUCGGAGAAAUUCUUGAAUCUGCUCUGAGAGUUUGAAUGCAAACAUUUUCAAAUAUUUUGCCUUUUUUUUUCCGUUUGAUUUCAGCGUAGCUUAAUUUGCAGCGGGAGGAAUGUUUAUCAGGCACACAUUUUCAAACAUGCCUUUAAGAUGAGUAAAAAUGGGUGUGAAAUAAACCCUAAAAUGAAAAACAGUACGAUAAAUUCCUUAUAGUAAACAAAAACAGAGCAAUUUUGUUUCUUUUACAAGUGAACAUUUUCAGACUACUCCACCAAUUUAUCACAUUUAGCUAAAAUCAGAAAACUAAAGUGAAAAAAAAAUCAUAUAUUUUACUACUAAACAAGCUUAUCUAUGCAUUAACUUUAUUUCCCGUUCAUAUUUAUUCAUCUUAUUGGUAUAAGUUUCCAUUUGGUCAACUGGAUAUGUGCUAACCACCCCUGUUGUUUGUCUUACACUGGUGACAGAAGCACUGUCCAUCCCAAAUAGCGACACCUUAUCUUACCCACUGGAAUCUGAAUGACAAAAGCAACCCCAGAUCAUAAUACUCCCCCCUCAGUUAAUACUGCAAUCAUGCCUUUUUUUACAUUUAAAACAAGAUCGGCCGGACUUUUAUUAGAAACACAUGUCUAAUUGAAUAAUUGAAUGAUGGACAGUGUUUUGAACAGAAUGAAUCAUUUCAGAGAACUUUCUAUGCUGCUUAUAGGAUUCCUGGGGCAAAUAAUGCAAAUCCCCUACAAACUCAAAAGUUCAACUUCUUUUUUAUUUAAACAUUUUUUGAUACAUCCAGAAAUAGUUUGAAACAAAAAUGAUUAGUUUUGAGAUUUGUAAGACUUUAGCCUAGAAUUUGAAUUAUGGCUCAGUAUUGUACUCUGUUUUUAGUUUUUUUUAAGUUUUUUCCAUGUGGGUCACACCUUUCCGGCUUUAUUUUAGCGUGUUAAUUCUGAUAUAUUUGUCACAACGAUGGAAUGACCCACACUGUAUGUAAUCAAAAAUCAUAUUUUUGUUCGUUCUUGAUGAAUUUUAACUGAAAGUGACCCCUUGCAAUAAAGAAGUGUGGUGCCGUCCGCUCGGCGGCCCAGGCGAGCGACUUGCACUGCCGUGACCUUGUUGGUUUUUGCCAAGGCUUUUUUUCCUUAUGGAGUGUGUAUUGUUAUAAUAAAAAUAAAACCAACCGGUACCUUCAA